AUGGCGGCGACCGAGCUGCGGGGAGUGGUGGGGCCCGGCCCGGCUAUGGGUGCUGCGCCGGGCGGCGGAGGCUCGGGAUCGGCCGCGACGGGAGGAGGAGGACGCGGCGACUCCGGGCCCGGGCCCGGAAUAGCGCCGGGCCCCACGGCGGUCGCUUCUGGAGGAGGCCCGGGACCGGGGCCGGGCCCCACGGCCACGGCUGGGGGAGGGUCGGCGGCCGGUCCCGCCCCUGCUCCGCCCACGGGGGGUUCGGGCGGCGGGACCGGGGGCUCAGGCUCCGGCUCGGCCCGGGAGGGCUGGCUCUUCAAAUGGACCAAUUACAUCAAGGGCUACCAGCGACGGUGGUUCGUGUUGAGCAACGGGCUCCUCAGCUACUACAGGUCAAAGGCAGAAAUGCGGCACACCUGCCGAGGAACCAUCAACCUAGCCACUGCCAACAUCACUGUGGAGGAUUCCUGCAACUUCAUCAUCUCUAAUGGUGGAGCUCAGACUUACCACCUGAAGGCCAGCUCAGAAGUAGAGCGUCAGCGCUGGGUGACAGCCUUGGAACUGGCCAAGGCAAAGGCUGUGAAGAUGUUGGCAGAGUCAGACGAAUCAGGAGAUGAAGAAUCAGUCUCUCAAACUGAUAAGACAGAACUUCAGAAUACGCUCCGGACCCUCUCCAGCAAAGUGGAAGACUUGAGCACCUGCAAUGACCUGAUUGCUAAGCAUGGCACAGCUCUCCAGCGGUCCCUCAGUGAGCUGGAGUCCCUCAAACUGCCUGCUGAGAGCAAUGAAAAGAUCAAGCAGGUCAAUGAACGUGCUACACUCUUCAGGAUCACAUCCAAUGCCAUGAUUAAUGCCUGCAGGGAUUUCCUGAUGUUGGCCCAGACACAUAGCAAGAAGUGGCAGAAGUCUCUGCAGUAUGAACGAGACCAGCGUAUUCGCCUGGAGGAGACCUUGGAGCAGCUGGCCAAGCAGCAUAACCACCUGGAGAGGGCUUUCCGGGGUGCCACAGUGCUGCCAGCAAGCGCCCCUGGCAGCACUGGUUCUGUGAAAGAUCAGAUCUGUUCGGGCAAAGGAGAUAUGAGUGAUGAAGAUGAUGACAAUGAAUUCUUCGAUGCUCCCGAGAUCAUCACCAUGCCCGAGAGCUUGGGCCACAAACGGACUGGCAGCAAUAUCAGUGGGGCCAGCAGUGACAUCAGCCUGGACGAGCAGUAUAAACAUCAGUUGGAAGAGACGAAGAAGGAAAAAAGAACUCGAAUUCCCUAUAAGCCAAACUACAGCCUCAACUUAUGGAGUAUAAUGAAGAACUGUAUUGGAAAGGAACUCUCCAAGAUCCCAAUGCCGGUGAACUUUAAUGAACCCCUGUCCAUGCUUCAGCGCCUCACUGAAGAUUUGGAAUAUCAUGAACUCUUAGACCGAGCUGCAAAAUGUGAGAACUCACUAGAACAGCUGUGCUACGUGGCUGCUUUCACCGUGUCCUCCUACUCCACUACUGUCUUCCGUACUAGUAAGCCAUUCAAUCCACUCCUAGGAGAGACCUUUGAGCUGGACCGCCUUGAGGAGAAUGGUUAUCGAUCCCUCUGUGAACAGGUGAGCCACCAUCCCCCUGCUGCCGCACACCAUGCUGAAUCCAAAAAUGGCUGGACAUUACGACAGGAAAUCAAAAUCACCAGCAAGUUCCGUGGCAAAUAUCUGUCCAUCAUGCCCCUUGGUAGCAUCCAUUGUAUCUUCCAUGCCACUGGUCAUCAUUACACUUGGAAAAAAGUCACCACCACAGUGCACAACAUUAUUGUGGGCAAAUUGUGGAUAGAUCAGUCUGGCGAGAUUGACAUUGUGAAUCAUAAGACAGGAGACAAGUGCAAUCUCAAGUUUGUUCCUUACAGCUACUUUUCCCGAGAUGUGGCCAGGAAGGUUACAGGAGAAGUCACAGACCCAUCAGGAAAAGUACACUUUGCCCUUCUGGGUACCUGGGAUGAGAAAAUGGAUUAUUUCAAAGUGCUCCCAAGCAAUGGGGAUAAUGGGAGUGACAGUCGGCAAAGAAGCCAUGACUUAGAAGACAGCAGGAUCAUGCUUUGGAAGAGGAACCCUUUGCCGAAGAAUGCAGAGAACAUGUACUACUUCUCUGAACUUGCCCUGACUCUCAAUGCAUGGGAGAGUGGCACAGCCCCCACGGACAGCCGCCUGAGGCCUGACCAGAGACUGAUGGAAAACGGACGCUGGGAUGAGGCCAAUGCGGAGAAGCAGCGCCUGGAGGAGAAGCAACGUCUUUCCAGGAAGAAGAGGGAAGCCGAGGCUGUGAAAGCCACCGAGGAUGGCACUCCGUACGACCCUUACAAGGCACUGUGGUUUGAGAGGAAAAAGGACCCUGUUACCAAGGAGUUAACCCAUAUUUAUAGAGGAGGAUACUGGGAAAGUAAAGAAAAACAGGACUGGAGCUCAUGCCCAGACAUUUUCUGA